UUUUCUGAAAAUCCACAUGACAAACAGAACCUUUCGCACUCACAGCUCUGCUCAGAAUGAGGAACUUCCCCUCACAUACUGUGGACAAUACCCUCCACCAUGUCAAAACAAGUCCACGGAGUGCCUUGUAAAUCUCCUCUUGCUUUCACUCGAAUGCACAUGAGCACAAUUUACCAGGAAUGGUCCCUAUAAAUCAGCAUGCGGACUCCCUGACCCUGCUUUAGAACACCAGAUCUGACACUUGAGAUCCAGACAAAAUGUUGGAGGGUCAGUGGUCUGAGGAUUUGGCUGCUAACAACAUCAGAACCAUCCUCCACUGGCUGAAGAAGCCGACUAUUAAAGGUGACGCUGGCCUGGAAGAACCUCUACAAACCUUUGGCUGCUGGUUACAGAGGACAUCAGAAUUGACUAAAAAGGAGUUCUUAACCUUGUGCUUCAGCCGCUGUCAGGGUUUGUGGAUGUUCUUGGAUCAGAGCUCCUUCAUAAAAGUACACAAAUUGCUCCUGAGGUUACAGAACUUGCUGACCUUGGUCCAGUGGUCAAGAAAACAGAUAGGUGUGGGGGCUCCCUGUAUGAUCUGUAGGAACUUACAGUCAUCAGAUGGCAGACAUGCUUGCUGGAAGCACGAGUACUGGACUCUGAAGCAACACAUCUGGCUGGGUCGGCUGGUCCAGUGGUGGGGCAUCAUGGGACUCCUGCCCAGGUUCCCUGAAGCCCAAGAACUGAGGCGUAUCUCUCAAAUGUGGAAGGAAAUGGAGCUCAGUCAUCAAGAAAUGUGUCUCACAACACCUGGAUGGAAUCAGAGAGAAAUGGGAAGAUGUGGCUUUUUGAUAGAGGGCAUGGUGACUCAGCUGUGCAAAAAACAUGGGUGCAUAUGGACUUCUGAAGAUUGUACAGAUCAGUGCUACCCUCCGCCUACCCUGCAGGCACUCCUGAUGCUUGUCCUGGUUCCUUAUAUUGACAAUAUGUCGGUCCAAGGUAUUCUAAUGUACUUCAUCCUGGAUGUGGCAAACUUCCUACAGUGUAAAGACAACCUUCUGCAGUCUUUUUGCCAUGCCUUCACAAUCCCUUCCAGCUUUUCCCAACAAAUCAAAGCCUUCUGGAUGUUUGACCGUGGGCGCAUUAAGGCCUCCAUGGAGCUCCUGUUGAGUCCCAGAGCCGCUGUCCCUCUGCUCCCCUGGCAACAUCGAUACAUUAUCACCUCUCUGCUGAAGAAGAAGCACCGGCACAUGGCACUGAAGUAUCUCCAGUGGACAAAACCUCCCAUAGAGACCAUUGAGGAUGCAAAGCUUUGUGCAGAAGUGCUUCUUCAUAGCAGUUGUGUGUCUGAUACCUGGACUGUGUUGAAGAGAAGCCACACUGAAAGUGAGGACAUGGUCAUGUACUUCCUCCAGGCAUGUAGGGGCGCUAAUCUGGGGGCCGAGGCUAUAAAAUACAUUCCUGAUGGCUACAAAUGUGAAGAUGUCUGCUGCCGAGCUGAAGCCAGUAUAUUGCAAUGUAGGAAUGAAGAUUGUCUCAGAGAAACGGCACCCUCUCCAUUGUCUGCCACACUGUAUCAGAAGCAGACAGAGGGGAUGAUGUGUUCAGAGGAUCUGGUCAAACUGGUCAAAAAGGCUGUGACAGAAGUGAGAAAACCACAUCCCACCAUGAGUGAGGUUGUGUGGCCAAAGCCACCAAGGAGAAAAUCAAACAGCAGAGAAAUAUUUCUGUCUGUGCAGACUCUGCGGCGUCUCAUUCCCAGUCCGUUCUCAAUGGAAACUUUGCAGGAAACAGAACAAACAGCAAACGCUGAGGACUGCCAGGAAGGACAUCUUGCUCUCAAUUCUAAUCAACCAGAGACACAACAGGACAUUCUGUCAUCUGAAAAUCAGAGCUCUUUGUCUGUCUCUUCUGUCUCUUCUGUCUCUUCGGCCUCAUCAGCACCUCUGUUGAAGCACCCCCAUGUGUUCGAGAGCACCAUAACUUUGCAGAAGAUGUCAGCUCUUCUCACCGAUGAGGAAAAUCAGUGCAAAGGAGAUGAUGAUGAUGAUGAAGAGGAAGAGGACCGAUUCAUCUCUGAGCUAAAGCUGACACCAGAUGGCGGUACAGGACCACAAUCCCACAGCAGCUGGGACAAUAAAAGUUCAAAGUCACAGGAUAAAGUGAUCGGUUUUGCUUUGCAAAGUGGGGAAGAAGACAGGGAACACACACCAAGGGAGAUACUCGCUGAUGCUGCUACCAAAACGUUCUCCUCAGUUUCCCCCAAGAGAGAAGACCAGUCAGAUGGUUUGCUGGGGAUUUCAGGAGAUCAGGAAGGAGGUGAGCAUGACCAGCAGAGAGAAACUUUGGGAUGUGGCGGUCAAGUCUUCUCCAGUCCCCCAUCUACAUCCACCCAGGAUCCGGUGGCUGCCCCUAACCAAAGCUGUCUUUCAGAGGACAACAAGCUCGCUGGCUCACCAACAAUGUAUAAUGCAACAUCUUCUGGUGUAUUUGGUCCCUCACUUGCCUACGGUCUGGCCAGUUUUAUUGAUUUCUCUGCAAAGCCACCAAAUGACAAACAGGCAGAAGGAGAGGAGCCUGCAGGUCUGAGAGGGAAAGCUCGACAACAAGGAGCCAUGAGGAGUGAAAGAACAAAAUCCAGGAAAGGCAAACAAGUGAAGAGAACAUGAAGACAAAUUAUGCAAGAUGAAGAGUAUUUUAAAAGUAUGCCGCUCUUGUUUUAGAUCUCACAAACUCACCCUGCGUAACAGUUCCCCGUCCACUAAACAUUGGACAUACCAGCAACAUGCAGUCAGUGCUUAAAUUCUGAAACGCUGCUUCAACUGAGUUAAUCUGAAUUUGUUGUAAUCGUUAUAUGUUUUUGUUACCUUUUUCUGUUUAACAUGAAAUGAAUGCAUGCUGUCCUGAGAAAAACACAAAUACACCACAUUUAAAAUCCACUGAUCUUAUCCUUUGAAUUGAUUCUGUUCUUUAGAUUAUUCGCUGGCUUCUCCCAUGCUUGGAAUAAAAAAAGGAUGUUUGCCUUGCUGCCAUAGAAUCUCAUGAAAAAUGGAUGACCUCCCAAUGCUUUCUUCUGCCCAUCCCUCUCUAUAUUUACCCAGAGUCCAGGGAAUGCAUUUGGGUUAGCAUCCCACCACUUAUCCCUCUCUUGUUCGGGUGGGUGAAUAACUUAACACAUAUUUCAGGUUGACACACUUCUCCUGCGGGUCUCCCCUGGGUGCCCAGUUCACGAGCCCACACAUGCUGUAUUAUUUAAAAGUGGGCUUUGGAGUUCUGCUCAUGUAAUCUCCUCUUCGUGCCUCUUUGAAAUUUGUUAAGACUUUGACCUUGUCAUUGCUUUGGCACUUCAGACACUGGAGAUUGUCUAAUCAGGGUGAAUAUUAGC